AUGCCAGAAGAAGCAAACACAGAAUCAGGCCCCGAAAAACUCGCCGGUCCCAAAUGCGUCGCCCUCGUCGCUGCAGUCAGCGGCGCAGGCUUUCUCAAUACCUUCUCCAGCCAAGCUGCAGUCAUCAUUCUUCCCACAAUUUCCAGAGACCUGCAUAUCCCGCCCGGCCGCCAGCAGCUCGUAGUCUCCGUCUACGGGCUCGCUUUUGGAUGCUUCCUCCUGCUCUGGGGAAGGGUUGCCGACAUCUUCAGCAAACGAACAGUGUUUGUAGCCGGUAGUGUCUGGGUCACGUUGACCACGGCCAUCACACCGUUUGCGCCUAACGAGGCUGCGUUCCACGCAUUCAGAGCCUUGCAAGGAAUUGGCGCUGCGGCGAACGUCCCGACGGCUAUUGGGGUCCUCGGCACCACGUUCUCCAGAGGAAAGGCCAGGGCAUACGCGUUUGGCUUCUACUCCGCUGCAACUCCGCUUGGAAGUGUAGUAGGAAAUCUCCUCUCGGGGUUUAUCGCGUCCUCUACCAGCUGGAAAUGGGUGUUUGGCGUGCUUGCCAUCCUCGCCGCCUGCAUCACCAUUGCGGGAUAUUUUGCAAUUCCUUGUCAAAAAAGUCCGACGGCCAUCGAUGACGCUACGUUGCGCGGCCGUCUUGACUUGGUCGGGGCCUUCCUUUCCACUGCCGGCCUGGGCUGUCUCCUGUUCGCCCUGAGUACUGGUAACCAGGCUGGUUGGGCUACGCCAUGGAUACCAGUCCUCAUCGUCGUGGCUGUCGCGCUCAUAACGGCCUUUCUCUUCUGGGAACGGUUCCUAGAGGCAAACGGCAGUCGGCCACCACUCAUGAGAGUAUCACUCUUUCAAAAUCGCGAGUUGAGUGUUUCUCUGGCAGUAAUGUGCAUGCUAUUUGCGUCCUUCAACGGGUACCUCGUUUACGCUACCUUUUAUUAUCAGGAGUAUCAAGCUCUCUCGCCACUGCAAACGACUCUCCGCUUCAUCCCAACUGGUGUUGUCGGCGUCAUCAUGGCAAUUUCUGUCCCACUGCUUCUUUCACGCAUUCCUACCUUUGCUGUCCUCCUUUUAGGAACACUUUCUACCUCGGUGUCAUCGCUGCUCUUGGCAGUACCGAUCCCAACCGAUACUUCCUACUUCAAAUAUGGGCUCUGGGCCAUGAUUCUGGCCACAUUUGGCGCGGAUUCUGCUACUCCUUGCCUCUACUCGAUCGUUUCGCACGCUGUUUCGGGCGAAUACCAAGCCAUUAGCGGUGCUAUGCUCAACGUCUCGAUGCAGCUUGGGCGAGUCCUUGGCCUGGCUAUCGCGACGGCUACACAAACCGCCGUCAUGGCAAGAGGGAGAGACGCGGAGGUUGAUCAUGGCCAGCUUCUGCCGUGGGACCCAAUCUCUUUAGAGGGCAUCCGGGCAGCAAAUUGGCUCAAUUUUGCAUUUGAUGACCUCGGACAUACAAACGAGACAAUGGCAACAGAUGACAGCGCGUCGGCCGAUGGCUCAGGCGAGGCAUCGCAAGUCCCACCAAACGAUUCCACCGAUUCGAAAGCCUACACAGGCCAGGCGACUACGGCACUGACGACUGUCGACAUUCAGACACUCUCCUUCCCCGACGGCUCGCGAGGCACAUUUCAAACCCCUGCGCCGAGGUCUGUGUCGACGCCAGUGUCCAGCGGGUAUGCUUCGCCCGGCUACAAAGCAAGCCACUCAGGAGGGGAAGGAGACGAUGGAGCAAGUGUCAUGAGCUUUGCGCCCACGAUGCGACCGGCUGGCGAUAUCGCGAGCCUCUUUGUCGGCGACUUGAGCAAGCGCAGCAUCGCCUGGAACAUGCUGCGCUCGCAGGCACCCACUGUCCAACCGUUUGAGACGAGUCGCCAUCGACAGGGCGACAUCUUGACAAACUUCGAACGAGAAUUCGAAUUGGUGCCGGCAGAGGCAACAGAAGAGGUGGAUGAUGCGUCGCGUGUGGCCAUGUGGAAGGCAAAGCGCAAGCACUACAUGAUUCUCUCGUCCGCUGGAAAACCCAUUUGGAGCCGCCACGGAGACUUGAUGCUCAUUAACUCCUCGAUCGGAGUUAUGCAAACGAUAAUAUCUUUCUAUGAGGGCGCCAAGAGUCCGCUACUGGGAUUUACGGCCGGCGACGCCAGAUUUGUAGUCCUGACCCGGGGUCCCCUUUACUUUGUGGCUGUGAGCAAGCUUGGCGAGAGCGACUCGCAGCUUCGUGCGCAGCUUGACGCGCUCUACAUGCAGAUUCUCUCCACGCUUACACUGCCGACCCUAACAAGAAUCUUUGUUAACCGACCGUCGUCGGAUCUAAGGAAGCCACUCCAAGGCACCGAGUCGCUGCUUUCUUCACUGGCCGACACGUUCACGAGAGGCUCGCCAACGACGCUGCUAGGGGCACUGGAAUGCCUCAAACUUCGCAAAUCACAGCGACACUCGAUCAACAAUACGUUUCUCAAGCUGCGCUCAGACAAGCUGCUCUACGGACUCAUUAUUGCGGGCGGAAAGCUCGUUAGCGUCAUUCGUCCACGGCGGCAUUCGCUGCACCCGAGCGACUUGCAGCUCAUAUUCAACAUGCUAUUCGAGUCCGAUGGCAUUAAAGGCGGAGGGGGUGAAAACUGGAUACCCUUAUGCCUUCCCGCCUUUAACAACGAAGGCUAUCUAUAUAUGUACGUCAGCUUCUUCGACGACGAGGGUCAAGAAGCGCAGGAAGAAGCAAAAGCAGACAAUGAACAGACGACAGGCACAAGCUCGCAGAUUGCCAUGGUACUGAUUAGCACCAACAAGGAGAGCUUCUUUGGCCUCCAGAAGAUGCGUCACGACGUGGCUCAGCAGCUGGCCAAGAGCGGCCAUCUAGCCGUGAUACGGGCCUCCGUGCGGGCCGGGCGGCCGCGGACGAGCCAGAUUGUGCCCGGGAACCCGAUGAGCCACUUUCUAUACAAGUCCAAGGCCAACGUGCAGUUCUGCAUGGCCGCGCUGGAGCCGCCGCUUGACGCCAUCUCGGAGCGCCGUCGGCUAAUAAGCCUGUACCACGAGAUGCACGCUGCCGUGCACGCCAAACAUGCGCACCUCAAAAUCUUGCAUAACACGGGCGAAGAUUCCACGUCACUCGCGUGGGUCACGCCCGUCUUCGAGCUGUACUGCGUGGGAGGGCCCAACAUGUCGCGCGCGACCAUGGGGCAGGGUGCGAACAAGAUCAUCCAGUGGGCAAAGAAGGAAGAGCAGCGAUUGUUCAUCAUCGGAGGCGGUGUCUUUUGA